AUGCUACCAGAAGACGAGGGGCUGGUACUUCGUAUUUGCAUCGCACAUCCAGCGAGCAUGGAUCGCUCCGGCUCUAUUGGCAACAACAGCUUCUUGCGAGCCCACUUGUGCCCCGCCGGCACGUUUUGGAUCGUCGAGGGCUCCGGAGUGGAGGCUGCCUGCAAAGGACGUGUGCGUUUGGCACGACGUGCCAGGACGGGCACCGAGGGCCUGGUAAAUGCCUCCUCAUCGCUGUGGAAAAUCCCUGGAGGACCCAUCUCCCCGUCGCCGCACCAGGGCAUCAUCGUCACGGCCGACCAGCAUCCAUAG